CUGAGCUGCCCAUCAGACGGGCGCUGAUUUGUAUUUUUUUAUCAAAAUUUCAGUUCCAUCAAAAUUUUUGUAAAACUGUUUUAGUUUAAUUUACACGAGUUUUUUUAUAUUUCUUUUACAUCGGAUUUACCAAAAUUCCUAGUAUCUAUGAUGAGGGAGUGCAUCUCAGUCCACGUGGGUCAGGCGGGUGUGCAGAUGGGCGUAGCCUGCUGGCAGCUGUACUGCUUAGAGCAUGGCAUCCGCCCAGAUGGAACCCUGCCUUUUUGUGAGACCGACGUCAAUCCUUCGGACUCCUGCUUCAAUACGUUCUUCUCGGAAGCUGACCGGGGCAAGAUGGUGCCCAGGGUUGUGAUGGUGGAUUUGGAGCCUACAGUAAUCGAUGAAGUAAGAUCCGGCGAGUACCGACAGCUUUAUCACCCGGAACAACUAAUUACUGGUAAAGAAGAUGCAGCUAAUAACUACGCACGAGGUCACUACUCUACAGGACGAGAGGUCCUGGGUCCGGUUAUGGAGAGAGUGCGAAAACUGGCCGAUCAGUGUACUGGAUUACAGGGAUUUUUCGUAUUCCACUCGUUUGGUGGCGGUACAGGCUCAGGUUUCACAUCACUUCUGAUGGAGAAACUUUCUGAGGAAUUUGGCAAGAAAAGCAAACUGGAGUUCGCAAUCUACCCAGCUCCACAGGUGUCUACCGCAGUAGUGGAGCCGUACAACGCAGUAUUGACGACUCACGCGACGAUCGGGCAUUCUGACUGCGCCUUUAUGGUUGACAAUGAAGCUAUAUAUGACAUUUGUAGGCGACGACUUUCGAUCGAGAGGCCAUCGUAUGCCAAUCUAAAUAGGCUAAUAUCACAGGUGGUGUCUUCAAUCACGGCAUCACUGAGAUUCGACGGAGCUUUGAAUGUGGACCUCACGGAAUUCCAGACAAACUUGGUGCCAUACCCGCGGAUUCACUUUCCUCUCGCUGCUUAUGCGCCGGUUGUCUCCGCUGAUAAGGUGUCUCAAUUCCAGGCAUACCACGAAGGAAUGUCCGUGUCAGAGAUCACGUCAGAGCUCUUCGAGCCCCAGAAUCAGAUGGUGAAGUGUGACCCAAGGGACGGAAAAUACAUGGCCUGCUGUCUACUGUACCGUGGUGAUGUGGUUCCAAAAGACGUGAAUGCGGCCAUAGCAGCAAUGAAAGGGAGAGCUGGGAUACGAUUUGUCGACUGGUGUCCUACUGGCUUCAAAGUUGGUAUAAAUUACCAGCCACCAUCGGUGGUGGCGGGAGGAGACCUGGCGCAAGUGAAGAGAGCCGCGUCUAUGUUGAGCAACACUACGGCCAUUGCGGAGGCGUGGGGCAAGCUCGACAACAAAUUCGACCUUAUGUACUCCAAACGGGCCUUUGUGCAUUGGUACGUCGGCGAAGGGAUGGAAGAGGGCGAAUUCACAGAAGCGCGGGAAGACUUGGCGGCACUUGAACGUGACUACGACGAAGUAGCCAUCGAAACAUCGGACAUGCCACCCGGAUGUGACGACGAACUAUGACGUCAUUGUUACAAUUGUUACUUCCACGCGCUCACCGUUCGACACGUGCUUACGAACAUUUGCAAGGAAUUUUCGUUUCCUUUGAAAUUUGCAUUUUGCCUAGAUUAACUGAUUACAAUGUUGCUAGCCUUUUGUUCUUGCAACUAUUUAGGCACAAGGAUUUAUUGUAGGUAAUUUAGCAAGCGUAGCAUAAUUGAGCGGUAAUGGAGCGUCGACGGCAAAGCGGACGCCAGAAAACCGCGGCCCUUUGGUUAUAAUGUUAAUUAUGGCAGCUCUUGUUGAAAUUUUAUUAAAGGUUCGAAAAUGUCCGCCGAGGUCGGGCGAUGCUCAAGUUGCCUCAUGUCGAUAUUCUAGUCUAUGGGUUAUAACUACCUCUUAUAAUAGGUGUUCCUCCCUCUUUUGUUCAUUUGGAAGUAUGUUCUCGAUUUUGAGCCGUGGGAGUGCUUAUAUUGUAAGCGUAAUUGUUUUGUAUGUCUGUAUCGUGUUGUUAAAUUUUUAAAAAGUUUUGUCUGU